UAUUCCCAUGAACUUGAAUAUCGCAACUUCGUUGAGAAAAUUUAGUAAUUAUAUAUAAUUUAUUUGAUAAAUCGCUUAUGAAAUAGUAGUCGGUUCUUACUACGAUAGCUAAUUAUUUAAUUAAUAACAUUUCUCGUAUACCGUCGUAUUAAUUUCAAUAAUGGAAAGUGAUAGCAUAAAUGGUCCAGAAGAGCCGCUGGAUGACGGAUUAUAUAUUCCACUGCAAAGGGUUACCAAUAUUGCUUCCCAAUUGCGCAUAACAAAACCAACAAAUGAGUUAGACGAUGAUAUAGAUUCCCCAAGUAGCGAAAGUGAAACUGAUUCUGACAGUGAUAAUCAGCUUAAAGCUAAAAAACCUAAAGUAAAGCGUACUCAUAAAUCUAUGCCCAGCACAGAUUCAAAACAAAAAAAUUAUAACAUAUGGGCCCAUGUUCAAGAAGAUGUUCUGACUGAAUCAUUGGGAGGCUGUGGAGUGAGUCAAGAUAUUUGUGAUAAGUCUAGAAAUGUAGAGUCUUAUGAUUACAGAAGAGGUUAUGCUAUGAGCAACAACCUGAAUAAUCAAAGGACAAAUCAAUUACAACAUCGAUUAAGGAGGUUUUCAAGUGAAAGUACUGACGGUAAUGCAGGGCGAAAACUAUCGAGUGAUAAUGACAGUGCUGAUAGCACUUUUAGUCGGCAACGUAGUUUUUCCGAUUGCAAACGCCAUGAAAAACCUUUUAGGAAAUAUACAAAUAAAAGGAAAUUUAAGGAUAGAAAUAAUUUCAAUAUAAGACAUGGUGGAAGGCUCAACACUAAUGAUGAAAAUAACAGUGAUGGAAACUUUGGACAAAAAAAUCUUUUAGAUCUAACAACCACUUCUGAACAUUCAGAGGAACAAGUAGCAAAUGAUAUAGCUAGUAAAUUAUAUGAGCCUAAGGAUUGUUUAAUAUUAAGAGCCGUUAAAACGAUCGGAAAAGAUAAAUGUAUUCAAAUUUUUAAUGAAGUACAACGCAUUGAGAAAGAAGGAGGAAUGGCAAUUAUGGGUGGAACUCGUAGAAGAACACCUGGAGGUGUUUUUAUAUUUUUAAUGAAACACGAUGAUUCCAUUACUAAGGAGCAAGAAAAGGAAAUUUUCAUAGAAGACCGAAAAAUUGCAAAUAAAAAGAAAAAACUGUCAACAAAAAAAAAGCGCAAGGAAGACUAUAAGAACUUUCAACAACUAAUGCAGCAAGAUAAAGAUUUGCCCAGGCUUUUAAGUCGUACUGAAGCAGCUGAAGAAAUGCUGUCAGUUUCUAACACUUGUAAGAGUGAUUUAGAUGGAAAUGAAGAAAGUGUUGUGACUAAUCCGCCGCCUUCCCCAGUGACUGAUGGGGGCCGUGAAAAUAGUAGUGAUAUGGAUAUGUUUCAAACAAAUACGGCAUUGCCAAACAGAAAACUUUCAACAGAAGAAAGCUUAUUAAAUGCUGAUCAAUCAAAUUUAGUUGAUCUAAAUUAUGGGGAUGCCAUGGAUCUCUUCUGAUUAAUGGUACAUUAUGUAAUGUUUUAAAGAAAACCUUCAAAAAACCAAAAUUAAAAUAGUCUCUAGCAUAAUUAAUU